UUUUUGUGUUUAUCUUUUUUGACAGAUUUUUACUCCUUCAUGCAUUUUAUGCUAUGUUUUGCUACUGGUUUGAGAAAUCUAUAUGCAUUGUUAUGCACUUAUGGUGAUUGUCUGAUGAGGAUUCUUGCAUCUAGAGAUGUUAGAUAGAUAGUGGCACUCGCUAUAUGCUAUGUUAUCGACUUAUGGUGAUUGCUUGAUGAGAAACCUUGCGUUAAGAAUGGUAGGUAACGGCUCUCUCUAUGUGCUAUUCUAUCGACUUACACUGAUCGCCUGAUGGAAUCUUGCAUUUGGUGAUGGCAGAUAGCGACACUCUAAAUGACGUGUUAUAGACUUUGUGGUGUUUGUGUGAAUUGUAGUGUGGAUCACUGGAGUUUUUACCAUGCAUUCGGUGAUGUUAUAAUUUGGUUUGUAUGCAUGGUUAUAAUUUGAUUUGUAUACGAGGAUAGCUUUUAUGGUAAAUGUAGGUGCGCUCAUUCUGGAUUAUUCUUUUGCGUAAUUAAUGCUGAGCAAUGUGUCUAACGAAGAAAGUUGGCAUAUGAGAUAAAGAGUUCUUUUCGUGACACGUGGAAAUGGUAAUGUGGGGGUGUUUGAUAUCUAGGAAGUAGUUCUUUGUUUAUUGUAUCGGACAUAGAUUCAUAGAAAAGGUUGAUCAAAUUGGUCCACGUGCCGUUCAUUUGGAUGUGGGUGACUUGUUGUGUUUAGGGCUUAGGGAUGAUUGACAAAAUAUGUAGUUAAUAUGAUUUGAUAGGUUUUUCUGUUGUUUUAGUUGCUAUUAAGGCUAUUCUAAAUUCACAUAACUUUGUCGUUACAUGCAUUUAUCGAUAAAGCUAUUGCGUCAUUAAUGUUGAACGAUGUGUAUAUGGAAGAAAGUUGGCGAUAUGAGAUAAAGAGUUGUUUUCAUGACACAUGGAAAUGGUAAUGUGCGGGUGUUUGAUAUGUAGGAAGUAGUUCUUUGUUUAUUGUAUCAGACAUAAAGAAGAUUUAUCAAAUUGGUCCACGUGUCGCUCAUUUGGAUAUGGAAAACUUGUUGUGUUUAGGGCUUAGGGAUGAUUGACAAAAUAUGUAAUUAAUAUGACUUGGUGAGUUUUUCUGUUGUUUAGUUGCUAUUAAGGCUAUUCUAAAUUCGCAUAACUUUUUCGUUACAUGCAUUUAUCGAUAAAGCCAUUGCGUAAAAUGCUGAACAAUUAUGUAUGGAAGAAAAUUGGCGAUAUGAGAUAAAUAAAGUGUUGUUUCGUGACACGUGGAAAUGGUGCAGGGUGAUGUGGGCGUGUUUGAUAUCUAGAAAUUAGUUCUUUGUUAAUUGUAUCAAAUUGGUCCACACGUCGUUCAUUUGGAUAUGGUGUUUAGAGAUAAUUGGCAAAAUCGUAAUUAAUAUCAUGUGAUAGGGUUUUUCUGUUAUUUGGUUGCUAUUAAGGCUAUUAUAAAUUCGCAUAACUUUGUCAUUAUAUGCAUUUGUCGAUAAAGCUAUUGCCUUUUAUGAACUUAUAUUAUACCACAUGAUUAACUAUAUGAAUAAUCAAAAAUCUAUAUUCCACCCUUUCUCAAUAUAUUGCCCCCGUGUUGGAAUUUCUGUUCGUUAUAAGUUUACUUCGGAGAUGUUAGCAUAUAUGACUAAUGUUUCGUUAGAAAAUAAUAACAAUAAUAAUAAUAACCAUUUAAUAACUUUGUAAAUAAAGUUUGUUCCUUUUAAAAUAUCUCAUAGUUAUAACCUUAUGGAGUUGCAGGGCCUUGGAAACUCCUGCCUCAUCCUUUGCUUCAUAACCUAUUGCUUCUCGUUGCUAUUUAACUUUCCUAAAUGGUCUUCCCCUAUGGAUCUGUGCCACUGAAAACUUAUCUUCCGGACGGAGACAUUGAUUUAACCGCCUUUGGUGGUGCAAAUGUUGAAGAUACUUUGGCUGAUGAAAUGAAAUCUGUAUUAGAAGAAGAAGAGAGAAAUAUAGGCGCCGAAUUUGUAGUAAAGGAUGUCCAACUCAUCCGCGCCGAGGUUAAGCUUGUGAAAUGUAUUGUUCAGGAUAUCGUAGUUGACAUAUCGUUUAAUCAAAUUGGGGGGCUUUGUACUUUAUGCUUCCUCGAGCAGGUUGAUCGCCUGAUUGGCCGAGACCAUCUGUUCAAGCGCAGUAUUAUCUUGAUCAAGGCGUGGUGCUACUACGAAAGUCGUAUUCUUGGAGCUCAUCAUGGGCUAAUUUCUACCUAUGCCUUGGAGACACUCGUGCUGUACAUUUUCCAUCUAUAUCACUCAGCAUUAGACGGACCUUUAGCCGUUCUAUACAAGUUUCUGGACUAUUUCAGCAAAUUUGAUUGGGAUGCCUACUGUGUUAGCUUAAAUGGAGUAGUCCGCCUUUCCUCACUGCCAUCUUUUGUUGUUGAGAUCCCAGAAGAUAGCGACAAAGAUUUACUGCUGAGCAAUGAUUUCCUGAAUAAUUGUGUCGACAUGUUUUCAGUUCCUUCUAGAGUCGGUGACAAAACUCCACGCGUGUUUCCAAGGAAGCAUCUUAACAUAGUUGAUCCGCUGAAAGAAAUCAAUAAUCUUGGACGUAGUGUCAGCAAAGGGAACUUCUACCGCAUACGCAGUGCCUUUUCUUAUGGGGCUAGAAAACUUGCACGGAUACUACUACAGCCUCAAGAUUCCAUUGCUGACGAGCUUCAAAAAUUCUUCGCAAACACCAUGGCAAGGCAUGGAGGUGGACAAAGGCCCGAUGUUCAGGAUUUCGACAAAUUGUUAAUAAGCAACAGACCCGUAUCUGUUGCUCCCUUUCCAAACGCUGGGUUUUGUAGAACUGAUAAUUUUGAUGAAUAUAUGGAUGAGUAUGCCAUUUCAACUGCAGAUUGGCAGUCUAGCUCGGGUAAGCUGUCUGAAGAUUCGUCUCAGGGGUUUGAAAGAAAAUUAGACACAGAAAAUCGGGAGCAGAAUACCAUCUCUGCUCUUGACGGCAAUAAAAUUUCUGCAGAUGCAUGCGUAUCUCGAACUCCAAGUGCAGAAGAGAGUGUCAAUGGAAGCGAAGAUUCAGAUAAGUGUGAAAAGAGUGCUUCUUUGUCGGCCCUGUCAGGAAGUGACGAAGGAGGAGUUUCUAUUGUUGGUAGUCGUCAAGAAAACGUGCUAGUUGGCAAAGCCGGCCACGCAGUGCUUUCAACCGAACUUAGGGAUGCGUUUUGGGAUCAAAAGUCGCCCUCCAUGUCGGGGGAUUCAAAUCAUGUGGAUAUGGACCAGAGCCGCGCAAGAAUGAGUGGAUUGGCCGAAUCUUUGGAUUCAACGGAUCUCACGGGGGAUUACGAUUGCUACAUUCAACAUCUGCAGCAUGGUCGACGGUGCUAUGAAUACGGCUUAGGUAUGCAUCCUCUGCCCGUGGCCCCAUUGCCAAGCGCUCCCUACCCAUGGGAAGGUCUCCUCCCAAUAUUACAUUAUAAGCAGAACGGUUUCUCCCAUCAUCAUAACGGCUUUCAUCCUAGUCCAGCAAUCUACGGCAUGCAACCCGUCCUUCUGCCAGCCGUUCCGUUUGCAUGGGACGACGUGCCAAAACACCGCGGGACAGGAACAUAUUUGCCAAAUACGAAUAUGUCCCCUCAUGGUAAUAGGUCUCCGGGUACGAAAGGAAGGAAUCAGGCGCCAUCAAGAUCCAUGCGUCAUCACAAUGGGCGAAACAUGACCUUUCACGACCCAAAUAUGCUCCAUGAGCUCUCACAGCCCGUUGACAAAACUCUGGGUGCUAGCGCUAGCUCGUCUGACAGCUACCCCACGUUUCCUCCUCAUCAAAACGGGCAUCCUAAAGUGAAUGGCGUGUCCAUCCAUCGCGAGAGCAUUGAAGUUGAGUUGGUUGGACAUCCACCCGUGUCAGAAAACAGUCGGCCACAAAGAACAGUCUCAUCGUCACCGAGAACUCCAUCAGGGGCGCACAAAACCCAAACUGCACUAAGCAGAGAGCAGGAUAGGAUGUCGCUGAGGUCUUCAUACCGACUCAAAGAUGAAGACGACUUCCCUCCGUUAUCGAGCUGAGAAACGGUAACAAGAACUCUGUUAUUUGUUCUCUUGUCGAUUUUCUUCCAAAGGAAAACCGGUAUGCCCGAGGCUUGAGCUUCUGUGGCGUCGUCUUCCCAAAUGUUGUGUGUGUUCGGCCUUGUGAAACUGUUGUAACCUUAAAGGUUUUGUGUUUCUUUUUAGUGCCUGCAUAUUGUGGCAACUGUUUUGGCAACAACAUAGGUUCAAUUUAAGGUUUUUGCAUAGAAACAGUUACAGAUCUUCAUCCUCAACUUUUUUUCUUUUACAUCAUAUUUUGUGUAGUUUAGUCAUCGCCAUUGUUGUUGAAGAUGUCAAAUCUUGCUCAAGAGAAUGAAUAUUCUCUUUCACUGAAAUUAUAGAAAUUUUCAUAAUUGUCUCUA